AUGUCUGCAUCCUUCUCGUCGAAGAACACUGCAAAGUCAUCAGCAGUGAGGGAAGACUAUGAUGGUGGGGGAGGAGAGUGUGUUGAUCCAGUGGUUGGCCCCCUCUAUGCAUCCUCAUUCUCAGCCUCAUCCCGGUAUAACUUUAUAUACUCUCCAAACUUUGCCAGAUUAUACGGAAGUAGUGGGUGGUCUCCAUCACCAAGGGACCGGCAGCCGUGGCUCCAGAUUAACCUGAAGAGGAAGUACCGACUGGUAGCCAUCUCCACCCAGGGCACCUUCAACUCCUACGACUGGGUCACCAAAUACACCCUGCUGUAUGGAGACCGGCCAGACUCCUGGACCCCCUACACCCAGAGAGGGGGAAACUCGACCCUUUCGGGGAACUGGAACUAUUACCAAGUGAAGAGACAUGUUUUCCACUAUGCCUUCACCGCCAAACACCUCCGCUUCCUGCCCCUUGAGUGGAACACACAGUCGGGCGGCAAGAUUGGCGUUCGGCUGGAGGUCUACGGUUGUGCCUACGACUCCUAUGUGAUGUCGUACGAUGGCGAUCAGAUGAUGGCGUACCUGUUCCCGCUGGGUAACCUGCGCACGCUGCAGGACCACGUCGCCCUGAACUUCAAAACCCGGGAGAGGGACGGGGUGCUGCUGCACGCUGAGGGCUUCCAGGGGGAUGUCCUGACCCUGGAGCUGCAGAACGCCCGCCUCUACCUGCACGUCAGCCUGGGGCACAAUACCAUUCAGGAGGUGGACGGUAUGACCACUCUAACCGCGGGCGACCUCCUGGACGAUCAGCACUGGCAUUACGUCACCAUCAAGCGCUAUGGUCGGCAGGUUGACCUGACGGUUGACAGCCACACCGAGAGCACUAUCUGUAAUGGGGAAUUCAUCCACCUUGACCUUGAUACUCAGGUGUACGUGGGUGGAGUGAUUGAGCCUGACAUGCCACACCUUCCCGAGAAGAGCAACUUCCGAGGCUGUCUGGAGAACGUCUUCUACAACGGGAUGAACAUGGUUGACAUGGCACAGCGCAAAGCCCCGCAGAUUCGAUUUCCUCGUCGGCAGAAGAUUGUGCGGUAUGCCUGCCAGGACAUCCUGCUGAAGCCCCUGAGUUUUGUUGGGCCCAAAAACUACCUGCAGGUGCCGGGAAUGUUCCGGAAGCCCCGCUUGGCUGUUAAGUUCAAGUUUCGCUCUUGGGAUUACACAAGCCUGUUGAUGUUCACCAGGUUUUCUGAUGACUUUGGGUCUCUGGAACUGGGCCUGAGUGAAGGCCAAGUGAAUGUGUCCCUCAUGCAGCCAGGCAAGAAGAAACUGCAGUUUGCUGCAGGUUACCGUUUGAACGAUGGCCUCUGGCACACAGUGGACUUAGUGGCCCGCGACAAUUUCAUGAUGGUGACCAUUGAUGAUGAUGAGGGGUCGCCCCUAAAGAUCAACGGUCUCUUCACCGUGCGCACUGGAGACCGCUACUUCUUUGGAGGAUGUCCCAAUACCAACAACACAGACACGUGUGAGACCAAGCUCGAGGCCUUUCACGGCUGCAUGCAGCAAAUAUUCAUCGAUAACGAGCUGGUGGAUAUCGACGUCGUGUUGCAGAGACGCUGGGGGCGCUACUCCAACCUGCUGCUGGCCACCUGCAGCAUCACCGACAGGUGUAUCCCAAACCCAUGCCAACACGAGGGGAGGUGCAUUCAGUCCUGGAAUGAUUUUAUGUGCUUGUGUGAAAACACUGGAUACAAGGGGGAAGUAUGCCAUGCGUCGGUCUACAGGGAGUCAUGUGAGGCGUACCGACUGAAUGGGAAAACUAAAUCCGGAAACUACACCAUUGACCCUGACUUGAGCGGCCCUCUGAGACCUUUCAGCGUUGACUGUAAAAUGAAAGCAAACAAGGCCUGGACAAUUGUGGGCCACGACCAUGUCGAUAUCACCAAGGUGACAGAUUACAACGCUUCCUUGGAUGAGGUCACUGCGCUGGCUCACACCUCAGAAUACUGCGAGCAGUGGAUUGAGUACUCGUGCAACAAGUCCCGCCUGCUUAACACGCCCAAUGGGAAGCCAUUCAGUUAUUGGGUCGGUCGUCAUGGCGAGAGGCAGGUGUACUGGGGCGGUUCCUUCCCUGGGAUCCAGAAGUGUGCCUGUGCCGUCAAUCAAAGCUGCGCAGACUCCGGGCUCCACUGCAACUGCGACGCAGACUAUGGAGAGUGGUACUCAGAUAUGGGCUGGUUGAACUUCCGGGACCACCUGCCUGUCCAGAGGAUUAUUAUCGGAGACACAAACCGGACAGAAUCAGAGGCCCAGUUCAACCUUGGACCCCUGCGCUGCUAUGGCGACAGAAGCACAUGGAACACAGUCGCCUUCACCAAGCCCACCUACAUGGAGUUCCCCACCUUCAGACCUGGCACCACUGCUGACAUCAGCUUCCACUUCAGAACCACGGCGGACCACGGGGUGUUCCUGGAGAACUCAGACGAACAUCAUCGCUGUUUCAUCAGAGUGGAACUCAACUCCACCACAGACCUGCUGUUUAUCUUCAUGGUGGGCGACGGCAUCAUCAACGUGACGCUGCGUUCGGCGCGGCCCCUGAACGAUGACGCGUGGCACUGGGUGCAGGCGGAGAUAAACGUGAAGGGGGCGCGGCUCAGGGUAGACCAGCAGCCCUGGGCCGUCCGACGCUUCCCUGGCCAGACCUACGUCACCAUGACGUUCACCCAGCCCCUCCUCGUGGGUGCUGCUAAGUACAAACUGAGGGCGUACCUGGGCUGUCUCCGAGGCCUGCGCAUGAACGGCGUGCCCCUCGACCUGGCAGGGCAAGCGAGCGGACAGGAAGGAAUCCGGCUGAACUGCGCAGGGCAGUGCCUGAACGCAACCCUGCGAUGCCGCAACGGUGGUCGCUGCGUGGAGGGCUACGGCUCCUACGACUGCGACUGCAGCAACACAGCCUUCGAUGGCCACUACUGCCAUAAAGAUAUCGGAGCCUACUUCCAGGCUGGGUCAUGGCUACGCUACGACAUUCGAAGGGAGGCUAUUUCCGACGAGGCCACUUUGUCAAACUGGCUGGACCCGCAUAACGUCAGCCUGGGAUUCAGUCAGGCCAGUGAGGAGAUUGAGUUCAGCUUCAGCACCACCCAGACCCCAGCUGUCCUGCUCUGCGUCAGCUCCUCCGCCCGAGACCACAUCGCCAUCAUCCUGAAGAAGGACGGCAGCGUAGAGCUGAGGUACCGGCUGGGACAGGUCACCCAUAAAUUCCAGGUAUCCCUGAGCAACCUGGCAGAUGGGUUUCCCCACUUCGUCAACAUCACCAGGCAUAACUACACCAUACGGACUCAGCUGGACUACAUGGACCCUAUCUGGGAGAAGAUUCCCCAGCUGCAGGAUGUCAAGUUUAACUCACCUAAGUCCAUGUUCCUGGGGAGAGUGAUGGAGGUUGGGGAUUUAGACCCGGAAAUUGAGAGGCACAACAGUCCUGGGCUGGAUGGCUGCAUUUCAGGGGUGCGGUAUAACAUCUACGCCCCUCUGAAGACAUACUUCCGCCCCAAUGAGACAGAUCCCCCAGUCACUGUGCAGGGAUAUGUAGUUGAGUCCAACUGCGGAGCCUACCCCCCUAUCCAGGGCCUGGUACCUCCUGAAGCAGACCCCUGGUACACAGGUCUAGAGUUUGAGUAUAUCCACGACGACCUGCCCAGUGGACCAGUGUUGGCAUUCAUUACCUUGCUGUUCCUGGCACUGAUAUGUGUGGUCCUGUAUGCAGUCUAUCUGUACCUCUACCGGUACAAGGGCAGCUACCACACCAAUGAACCCAAAAACCUGGAGUCCCCCAUCAGUGCCUGGCCUCUGACAGAGACUCUCCUCAGGGACAAGAACAGCAACCUCCCCCAAAUACAAGAGGAGACGUCCAGGAGCGAAUAA